UGCAGAUCUCGCAGACGAGCCCCCGACCAACUCCAUCAACAGCGCAGAUCCGAUCGCUGCUGCUUCAAAGCUGUUGCUGUUUUCUCAUCCGAGACACGGCAAAUACUGGGUUCGGCCCACCAGUGCUCUCUCGAUUCGGCUCCAAGACGCAGCACACACUGUCGCAGCUCGUCCUGGUGCGGCUCUGGCCCUGUCCUCGCCAUGCGUGUCCAGGUUCAUGGCCGCAUGGCGGUGGCCCCGCAUCAACUGGAUCGAUAUUUCGCUCGGUCCCUCUCGACAGAGGCUCGGGAGUCGUUCGCAUCGAAGCUGAUCUACACCGGCCCAAUGGCAAAGUCGCUCGUGUACCUCAAGAGAGUGUCGCUGACCACCCUCGGCCUCUCGGUCUUUGGCACGCCCUUGAUGACACUGUCCAACUUUCCAAACCCAACAAUCAUCCUGACCAUGAUGGGCGUCGCGCUGUUCACCUCGGGCAUCAGCACUGGACUGAUCUACUACUGCUGCAAGCCCUACGUCAGUCGCAUCUUUGUACAUACUCCAUUCGCACCUGGGGACGCCAGCACCUCCAACAGCAGCAAUGUUAACCCACUGAUCUCGCUCGAGACCCUGACGCUCUUUGGCAGCAAGGCCCUGACGACCCUCAAGGCCCGCGAUCUCGUCCCUUCCUCUCGACCGUUCUCGUCCUUCAAGGUGAACUCAGAGCUGUCCCCGGCACCGUCGGUGGUCUACAAAGCGCUCAACCAGGAGCUCGGCGCAGCCCUGCGAGAUGCCAAACUCAUCCAGGGCACCAAGGCCUCGGACAACUCCCGCACCGAGUUCUACAUUCAUCCGGAGCUCGAGGACGAUGCCAACGCGCACGAGCUCGAAGCCGUGCUCAAUGCCAUCCGAGGAGCCGAGCGUGGCGAGGAGGCGGCGAGCUGGGAUGACGUCCUGGCAAGACUGAAGAACCAGUCAAAGAACGGCAAUAUGGAAUGAGUAAGAUCCACCAGCGAGAAUGCGGGAGAAGGCAGUGCCUCAGGAUGUCCACGACAACUGGUGUCUGCUCUCGAUUGGGUCCAUGACCAAGUGCGGUGUGGACUGUCAUAGAUUGUGAGGGACUCGGAUUCGCUUCGGGGUCGGCAACCGCAAAGCAGGAUCGUCUCACACCGCAACACC